AUGGCAACAAUUGGCAAACCCAUAUUUGGUCCUAAUGGAGCAUUAGUACAUGAUGGAAAGUAUGGAAUUUUUCCAUUUGUCUAUGAAAGCAUAGCAAAGAAAAAAAGCAAAAACAGGGAUGUUGGUGCUGUGGAAAUCAAGGCAACACAGAAUGUCAACAAAGAAGCCAUAAGAGCAAUGCUAAUUAACAAUGUCAUUCCAUCAAUCAAAGCUAACUGGCCUGCCUAUCUACCCAAGGACAUAUUUAUUCAGUGGGAUAAUGCCAGAUCUCAUCAAAUUCCUAGGGAUGAGGAAUUUGAAACAACUUGUCACUCUGAGGGAUUCAACAUUCAAUUCAUUUACCAACCAGCUCAGUCCCCAGAUUUAAAUGUGUUGGAUCUAGGGCUAUUCAAUGUAAUCCAAUCAAUACAAUACCAAUCCUUCCCAAAAAACCUAAAGGAACUCAUUGAAAGAGUGACAGAGGCUUAUCAGAUGUUCAACCCAGAGUUGAACAAGCAAAUUUGGAUAAGUCUACAAUGUUUUAUGGAAGAAAUUCUGAUAAACCAAGGAGGGAAUAACUUUAUCCCUCCCCACAAAGGCAAAAAAAGGCUUGAGAGGAUGGGGAUGCUGCCAGAGCAACUGGAGGUGGACAAGAAUGUGGUGCAAGAGGCUGUUAAUUACCUCAACAACAUUUUCAUACCAGUUCACCAAGGCCAAGGUAUUGAAGAAGAUGAAGCUAUGCAAGUAGAUGCUGAUUGA